AUGCACCUGCGCGGGUCUGCUUCGCCGCCCGACGUCGCCACGUCGGUGGCAAUCGAGGUGGAGGGAGGCGACGGGGUGGACCUCGCCCAGGUGGGCCUCGCGCUGGGGCUGGACCCGGCCACCGUCGGCCUCAAUGGCUACUUCCUCAGCUGCGGCUCCGGCCACGUCUCUUUGGCGGUCACCUGGGGCGAGCUCCUCGCCUUCUUCGCCGCGGGCGGGCAGCCCACGGGUGCCGACCCUGCCGCGCCCGUCGCCGUCGACGGCGGGCCCGUGCCUUCGCCUCCAGAGCCCAGAGUUGUUCUGUCCUCAAAGCGAAAGCCUGGGUUGGAGACCGAAAAUUGUUCCAAGAAGAGUAAGCUCCAACACAACAGCUCCGCUCAGUCAAAAGGAGGCGAAGAGCUACUUACCGAUGAGAUCACCCUUGGUUUGAAGAGAAGACUCACAUUGGACGAGGCUAGUCCAUAUAAGAAGAUUAAACAAGUAGACUACAGCUCAGUCAAUGGAGUAGAAGCACAGCAGUCAGUUAAAUACUCUUGCAGCUUCGCCAUCAGUCACGACAAAGCGGCCAUCGAAUGA